CAUUUCACCAAAUACAUCGAAGUGUGCAUGUGAUGGUUUUUUAUAUAGACGUUAUAAUUAUACUGAUUACAACAGUGUAUAACAGCGAUGGAGGAUGCCAUGUUAAUAACUGGCCGCACUCAUGUGAGGCCAACUUUAGGAUAGGGCCAGAAAAGUGUGAACCAUGCGAGUCUGGUAGAUAUGGUUGUAAUUGUUCUCAAGUCUGUACCACCGGUACCUUUGGAUUGAACUGCUACUUUACGUGUAACUGCUCUGAUGAUGAAAGCUGUGAUCCUUCACUAGGAUGUAUAAAAAUCAACAACACUACAGUAUUUACAACACCUAGGACUAACAGCACCAAAGAAAAUAUGUCAGCGCAAUCUACCUUCCAUUCAGAAAUUUAUUCUACAAGUUUUCCACCAGUACAGUUGGGCAACAACUUGCAACUGAACGAAGUAAUAAUAUCUCUGCUGGUUUCCUCAGCAACAGUAGUUUUCUUCAGCGUAGUGUGUGCUCUUGUUCUGAUAAGAAUAAUCAAAAGGAUUUACAAACGUGAAUAUAGAAGACUUUUAAACAAUUUGCAGUUGACUGACAUGAGGAAUGGGGAUGAAAAUGUAUAUAGUGAGUACAACUAUACGGAUUCUAGUAUGUUAAACAUGAGAAUUUACCCAUCUUCCAAUGGAGAUGAUUUUUAUGACCAUUCUAUGAAGGAAAACUAUAACAUUCUAUCACUCAGAAGCAGGACAUCAAGAGUUAAUAAUUAUGACGUAGAAAGUAAUUCUACGUCACCAUCCCAGCCAUUGCAAUCUUCUGAUGAAAGUAGGUCAGACCUGGUGUUUGAACCAGAAUGUUUGAUAAAUUUAUUUCAAGAGAAUCAAGCUCAACAGUCAGAUACCAGGUGCGAUGAGGAAAUAAAUACAUUGAUUCGUGAAGCGAACGGGACAAAUUUCAAACAAACAGCUAGUGAUUUGAUGUUAGAGAGAAACGGUGUAGAAAAUCAGUUGGUGAUGGACUAUAGUGCACCAAAUCCCGACAAACAGGAAGUCAGAUCCUGUGAGUCUUUACCGGAGAUGGUCACUUAUAUCUUAACCACAGUCCUUGUCAAACUGAUGCAGUCUGCAGAUGGAGGUUGUCAUGUCAACAAUUGGCCACAUUCGUGUGAAGCCAACUUCAGGAUUGGACCUGAGAAAUGCGAACCAUGUGAGCCUGGUAGAUAUGGCUGUAAUUGUUCUCAAGUCUGUACAACCGGUACCUUUGGUUUGAACUGCUACUUUACGUGUAACUGCUCUGAUGAUGAAAGCUGUGAUCCUACACUAGGGUGUAUAAAAAUCAACAACACCUCAGUAUUUACAACAGCUAACAGUACUACAGGCACAAAGAGUGUUGAAAAUGCAUCGGGGCCUGCGGAAGAAAAUCAAGAUUCUCAUUCCUACCUGACGAUCAGUGAUAGGUCCUUUCGACUGUAUGCAGAUGUACACUAUGAUGAGGCCGCAGAAAGGAAAAGCUCCCCUUCAGAAUCAUUAAAUAACAAGGCAGACAACUCAAGUAGCAUCACUGACAGUAGUAAAAAAUCUGAUGAUUAUUUAAUCCCGACUGGAAAAAUUGAGGACGAAAAUCAAUAUAGUGGUCAAUUAUCUGAUCAGGAUAAUGUUAAACAUGAAUUAGUGGAGACGUGUAUUUGA